GUGAUCUCGUAACACCGGCAGCGCGCACGCACGGACCGCAGGAAGACUGCAGCGGAACUGAUAAAUUCAUGAGGCGAAUGAAGUUUUGGAUAAAACCAAAGGUACCAGCUUUCUACCCGUCAAUAAUGUGUUGUUUAUAGACGUCAAUAGCGAAAGCUACAGCUACGGUGUCCUCUGUCAGCAUGGUCGUGUAGUUGUGUAGCGUCCGCCAUGGCCAUAGGAACGCAGCUGUAUCUGCUGCUGUGGAAGAACUUCACGUACCGCAGGAGAAACAGGGUCCAACUGAUUAUUGAACUUCUGUGGCCGCUCUUCCUCUUCCUCAUCCUCAUUGCUGUCCGGCAAUCGCACCCGCCGUACAAGCAGAGCCAGUGUCACUUCCCCAACAAGGCCCUUCCCUCGGCGGGCACGCUGGCAUGGGUUCAGGGCAUCGUCUGCAACGUCAACAACCCCUGUUUCCAUCAGCCCACUCCAGGAGAGACGCCCGGACGAGUCAGCAACUUCGACAACUCCAUACUCUCUCGACUGUUGGUGGAUAUCAGGAGUGUCCUGGCGAUCAGCGGGAACCGGACGGGGCUCUCCGGCCUGCGGGACCUGUCGCUCGCCAUCCAGAGACUCGGGGAGAGACCUGACGCCUGGCCAAAUCUUCCUGUGGGCGAGUAUCUGCGAGCCAAUGAGAGCUUCUCCUCCUUCCUGCGGGCGAACACCAGCCUGUCGUCCGCGUCCGUGGACCGCUUACUGAGGGCCCGACUGAACCUGCGCGUGGCCACAUUAGCCGGCGCAGGAGUGCGUCUGUCGGAUAUCGUCUGCAACGCUUCGCUCCUGGGCCUCCACCUCUCGCCUGCGGACGGAGACUCCUUCCCCGACCUGCAGGGGGCGCUGUGUUCUGUGCCCGCGGGUGUACUGCAGAAGGCAGAGCAGGUCUUCCUGUCCCAGCUGGACUUCAGCAAGAUCCUCACGAGAGACCGACUGCUGGCGAACGCGGCUGACCUCCGGCUCAUCAGUCGCGCUGUCUCCUCUGUAACGCAGGAACUAGCAUCCGUUAUGGAUGAUAUCUCUUCCCUGUCCAGUUUCUCGGAGCUGAACUCCGAGAUGAGGCUCCUGACCCCUGAACUCCGCUCCGCUCGGCCGCGCGACAGCUUCCGGGCCGUCUCCAGGAUCAUGUGUGGACACCCCGAGGCCGGCGGAGAGAGGAUCCCGUCCUUCAACUGGUACGAGGAUCAGGACAUCAAGUCGUUCCUGGGCAGAAACGUGUCGGAGGAGGCGGACCUGGAGAACAGCAACAGCACCACUCCGUUCUGUGAAAACCUGAUUAGAAGUCUGGAGUCGAACCCUCUCUCCCGGAUUGUGUGGCGAGGAAUCAAACCGCUGUUCAUUGGAAAGCUGCUGUACACACCCGACACACCGGCGACCCGCACCGUCAUGGCACAGGUCAACAGGACGUUCCAGGACUUCCUGAUUCUGAGGGAUGUGCAGGAGGCGUGGCAGGAAGUCGGUCCCAGAAUCAAAAGCUUCAUGGAGAGCAGUGUGGAAGUGCGGCUCCUGCAGGAUCUCCUGAGGAGGCCCGAGGUGGCGGUGGUGGUGAACCUACGUCUGGAAAGCACAUCUUGGACGGCCUCCCGCAUUUCCCGGUUCCUCUCGACCCCUGACCCCGACACGCCCCGUAAGGACGGAGCGCCGCCCUCCUGGUGGGACCUGUACCAGGAUGUGGACAACACCUUCAGCACUCUGGCAGAACUCACUGAGUGCUUCUCGUUGAAUAAGAUCGAGGGUGUGCCGACGGAGGGCGAGCUCGUCGAGCGGGCGCUGGAACUGCUGGAGGAUCGCCAGUUUUGGGCCGGAAUAGUCUUCCUCCUGCCUGACCCUUCAUCAUCCUCUCUGCCUCCUCAUGUCAAGUACAAGAUCCGCAUGGAUAUAGAUGAUGUGACCCGCACAAACAAGAUCAAAGACAAAUUUUGGGACCCAGGCCCGGCUGCUGAACCCUUCAGUGACCUUCGCUACGUCUGGGGCGGUUUCAUCUACGUCCAGGAUUUAGUUGAGCGAGCGCUGACACAUGUGCUCACCGGUAAAGAGCCGGACACGGGCAUAUACGUGCAGCAGAUGCCGUACCCCUGCUUUGUGGACGACGUUUUCAUACGUGUCCUGAAUCGUUCGUUGCCUCUGUUCAUGACCCUGGCGUGGAUCUAUUCUGUGGCUAUGAUCAUAAAGGGUGUGGUGUAUGAGAAAGAAGCCCGCCUGAAGGAGACGAUGCGGAUCAUGGGCCUGAGCUCCGGCAUGCUGUGGCUCAGCUGGUUCAUCAGCAGUUUCCUGCCCUUCCUCUUCAGCGCUGGACUCCUCAUCGCCGCCCUUAAGUGGGGCGAUAUCUUACCCUACAGCGACCCGGCUGUGGUUUUCUUCUUCCUGACUGCGUUUGCGACGGCCACCAUCAUGCUCUGCUUCCUCAUCAGCACUUUCUUCUCGCGUGCGAACCUGGCAGCCGCGUGUGGAGGACUCGUGUACUUCACCCUUUACCUGCCCUAUGUGCUGUGUGUGGCCUGGAGAGAGUACCUGAGCAGCACACACAGGAUCUUAGCGAGCUUCCUGUCUCCAGUGGCCUUUGGCUUCGGCUGUGAGUACUUCUCCCAGUAUGAAGAGCAGGGUGUGGGGAUCCAGUGGUUCAACUUAAGAUCCAGCCCGGUGGAGGGAGACAGCUACAGCUUCACCACCGCCAUCGUCAUGCUGUAUGUGGACGCUGCCAUCUAUGCACUGGCCACGUGGUACAUUGAAGCUGUUUUUCCAGGGCAGUACGGGAUCCCUAGGCCGUGGUAUUUUAUCUUCCAGCUGAAUUACUGGGGGGGCGUUCCCCUCGAGGUGGGCUUGCCCAUCCCCGCCGCGCCCAGAGACGACACCGACGAUCGGAUCGAAGCUGAGCCGUCAAGUCUGAUUCUAGGAGUUUCCAUAAGGAACUUAGUGAAGAUUUAUAAGAAAGGGUCCAAGCUUGCGGUCAAUCACCUGAACAUGAAGUUCUACGAGGGUCAAAUAACCUCUUUUCUGGGUCACAAUGGAGCCGGCAAGACAACCACUAUGUCCAUUCUCACGGGCCUGUUUCCUCCCACGGCCGGCACCAUAUACGUGAAGGGAAUGGACAUCCGCACGGAUAUGGACGUGAUCCGCAGCACUCUGGGAGUCUGUCCGCAGCACAACGUCCUCUUCGACAUCCUGACGGUGGAGGAGCACGUGUGGUUCUACGGGCGAAUGAAGGGCAUCAGCAUGGAGGAGGUGCAGAAGGAGAUCACUUCACUUCUGGAGGAUGUGGGCUUGCAACACAAGCGACACGAGCAGGCUAAAAACCUUUCGGGUGGCAUGCAAAGGAAAUUGUCUGUUGCGAUCGCUUUCAUCGGUGGGUCAAAGGUCGUGGUGUUGGACGAACCCACAGCUGGUGUGGACCCCUACUCCCGCCGCGGGAUCUGGGACCUUCUGCUCAAAUACCGCGAAGGCCGCACCAUCAUCCUGUCCACACACUACAUGGACGAGGCGGAUCUCCUCGGGGACCGCAUCGCCAUCAUCUCGCAGGGAAAGCUGUGCUGCUGCGGAUCGCCCCUCUUCCUCAAGGCCCGUCUCGGGACGGGAUAUUACCUGACGCUGGUGAAGAGAGAGAUGCAGAGGACGCCGAGCAGCGCCGGCACCGCCAAACUCCCGUCAGCCGCCGCCGGCAAGGACAGCGAGUCCUCCCUGAGCGACGACACGGGACUGGGCAGUGAAGAGAAUGGAUUCGACGUGGCCGCCGUGAUGGCUCUGGCGCUGCAGUACGUGCCCGACGCUCAGCUGGUGGAGGACAUCGGCCGAGAGGCGGUCAUCAACUUGCCCCACGCCGCCUCUGAGGACGGCAGUCUGGCCCUCUUCCUGAGCGAGCUGGAGCGACGGCAGGCCGAGUUCGGCGUGGUCAGUUACGGGCUGUCGGACACCACGCUAGAAGAGAUCUUUCUGCGUGUGGCAGAGGAGACCGGUGUGGAUGCGGACCCCGAGGAGGAGCCGCCCGUGUCUGCAGGCCAGCAGGGGGCGCCGUCUGAGGACCGAGACACAGAACGGAAACAGCCAAUCAGGAAAGAAGCCCAGGAGCGCGAGCCGCUGAGCGGGGACGGCCAGGCCGGCGCUCCCCUCACCGGACUCCUCCUCACGGGUCAGCAGCUCCGGGCGCUCUUCACCAAACGCCUGAAGUACGCGCUCCGCAGCCGCAGAGGCCUGUUCGCACAGAUUGUUCUCCCUGCAGUGUUCGUCCUCAUCGCUCUGCUCUUCAGUCUCGUCGUGCCGCCCUUCGGCAAGUACCCGUCGCUGGAGCUCCAGCCUUGGCUCUACGGGGAGCAGUUCACCUUCUUCAGCAAUGAUGCGCCACAGGACCCCGCCAUGCAGAAGCUCCAGGACGCCCUGCUGGAUCCGCCCGGGUUUGGGACUAAAUGCAUGGAUCCGCGCAGUGACGUGGAGUGUUUAGAGGAAGCCGAAACCAAGUUUGUCCGGCCGCAGAUCCCGUACAGCAUGUGGCAGCUCUUCCACGAAGGCAACUGGACCGAGGAGCACCCGUCCCCCGACUGCGAGUGCAGUACCGAACACACACGCCGCAUGCUGCCGGACUGCCCGCCGGGAGCCGGAGGGAUCCCCCCGCCGCAGAUCCGGCAGAUGACCGGAGAUAUCCUGCAGAACUUGACGGGUCGCAACAUCUCUGACUACCUCAUCAAAACAUAUCCCCAAAUCCUGAAGAAAAGUUUGAAGACCAAAAAAUGGGUAAAUGAGUUUAGGUACGGAGGUUUCUCUCUGGGCGCUCUCCUGUCUCCGGCCGCGGAUGAGCCGCGUCACCUCGAGGACUCGGUUCGGGCGAUUAGAGGACGCUACAGCGUUGCAGAGAACGGCUCUUUAGAUCGGCUCCUCCUCAGACUGCCGCACGUCCUCAUGGGACUGUCCAGCCGCAGCAGUGUGAAGGUCUGGUUUAAUAAUAAAGGAUGGCAUGCCAUGGCUUCAUUCGUGAAUAUUAUGAACAAUGGUCUCCUUCGUGCCAACCUGCCGCCUGACGUGGAAAGACGCAAAUAUGGAAUUACAGCCUACAAUCACCCACUCAACCUCACCAAGGAGCAGCUGACGGAGAUGGCCCUAAUGACGACCUCAGUGGACGUUCUGGUGUCCAUCUGCGUUAUCUUCGCCAUGUCGUUUGUUCCUGCCAGUUUCGUGCUGUUCCUGAUUGAGGAACGAGUCAGUAAAGCCAAACAUCUCCAGUUUGUCAGUGGAGUGAAGCCCAUCCUGUACUGGACGACCAAUUACGUUUGGGACAUGCUGAACUAUGCAGUGCCAGCCGCUAUGGUGGUGUUCAUCUUCAUCAGCUUCCAGCAGGAAUCAUACGUCUCUGAGAAGAAUCUGCCGGCACUGGUGCUCCUGCUUUUGCUCUAUGGUUGGUCCAUCACUCCACUCAUGUACCCAGCCUCCUUCAUCUUCUCCGUCCCCAGCACUGCCUAUGUGGUCCUCACCUCCAUCAACCUCUUCAUUGGCAUCAACGGCAGUGUCGCCACCUUCGUCUUGGAGCUAUUCGUCGAUGAGCAUCUGAACGAGGUCAACCGGAUCCUGAAGAAGGUCUUCCUGAUCUUCCCUCACUUCUGUCUGGGUCGGGGUCUCAUCGACAUGGCCAAGAACCAGGCCAUGGCAGACGCCUUCCAGCGGCUGGGAACCAAACAGAAUCUGGACCCUUUAUCCUGGGAUUUCGUGGGGAAGAAUCUGUUUGCCAUGGCGGUGGAAGGACUCGUGUUCUUCAUCUUCACUGUUCUCCUGCAGUAUAAAUUCUUUGUUAAUUUUAGCCGCUGGUCGGGGUUUGUGCUGCCCCCCCUGGGCCUGGAGGAUGAGGACGUGGCGAGAGAGAGAGAGCGAGUGAAGAGCGGUGGAGCUGUGGGAGAUAUCCUCACCCUCACAGACCUCAGUAAGGUUUAUGCGGCCGGCAGGAAGCCAGCGGUGAACCGGCUCUGCUUGGGCAUUCCUCGGGGAGAGUGUUUUGGGCUUCUUGGUGUGAACGGCGCUGGGAAAACCUCCACCUUCCGCAUGCUGACAGGAGACACACACAUUACUUACGGAGAAGCGUUUCUCAGCAACCACAGUGUUCUCACAGAAAUGGAGAAAGUCCAUCAGCUGAUGGGAUACUGUCCUCAGUUCGACGCCAUCAGUGACCUGCUGACGGGACGCGAGCACCUGCAGUUCUACGCCCGCCUCAGAGGAGUGCCGGAAGCCCACGUUGCAAAGGUGGCGCAGUGGGGCGUGCAGAAGCUGGGUCUGAGUCAGUACGCGGAGCGAGAGGCUGGGAGAUACAGCGGAGGAAACAAGCGCAAACUCUCCACCGCCAUCGCCCUGAUCGGAGCUGCUCCUGUCAUCUUCCUGGAUGAGCCUACGACUGGGAUGGACCCGAAGGCCAAGCGCUUCCUCUGGAACUGCAUUCUCAGUGUGGUCAAAGAGGGAAGAUCUGUCGUGCUCACCUCUCACAGCAUGGAGGAGUGUGAGGCUCUGUGCACCCGCAUGGCCAUCAUGGUGAACGGCCGCUUCCAGUGUCUGGGCUCGGUCCAGCACCUGAAGAACAGGUUUGGCGACGGCUACACCGUGGUCCUCCGCCUGUCCGCCCCGUCCGCAGAGCCGUGCCCAGUGGACGCCUACAUCAAGAGCUCUUUCCCAGGGAUCCAGCUGAAGGAGAGACAUCAGAACGUUCUGCAUUACCAGCUGCCAUCGCAAACCUGUUCGCUCGCUCGCGUCUUCGAGGUGCUGUCCAAUAACAGUGAGGAGCUGGGGAUAUCCGACUACUCCGUGUCCCAGACCACACUGGAUCAGGUGUUUGUGAACUUUGCUAAAGAGCAGACGGAUGAUGAUCAGCUCAGGGACGUCACAGUGAACGGUGGACCCGGUUCGACUCAAACCACCAGGCUUCAGCGGCCCACAGAACUCAAACUGGAGCGAUGCAGCCGGUCUUCCGGCCCACACUCCCCUUCAGCCGCUGCUCGCCCAGAACACAGCCCUGAGUCGCCAUCCGCUGCCUCAAAGACCAAAGGUCAUCAGUCCAGCCGUGUGUCCGGCUCAGGGCCGCCGCAGGAGAUCCGCAUGGAGCCGGUGGGAGAGGCAGCUGAUGGCCCGACCCCUCCUGAAGACCCGACCCCUGCCAGGAAACACCCAUCCACGCUGUUCAUCGUCAGUACCAAAACACAGGACAGCACUGUGUGAACAAAAGCAAACAGUCCUGACGCCGAUCUCUGGUGCCUUCCUCACGGAUCAUGUUCAAACAGUUUUAUUUAGUUGCUUUAAAGGAGUAGUUCACUUUUAAAAAACUUUAGCUGAUAAUUUACUCGCCUCCGUGUCAUCCGAGAU